GUUCGGUGGUCGGUGUUCGGCGGUUGUUGCUUACCUACUUUCUGGCUGCGUGCACAUUUUUGUUAUAGUCGUUUCUGUUGUUUUGCUGGUGGUUAGCUGACUCCAAUCUGCUGCGCUCAGCUCAGCUCAACUCAACUGAACUGAACUGAACUCGAGUCGGCUCGGUAUGCGACAUGCGGCAUAGCAUGCCACUGUUGUGAUUCGCUUCGACACACAUGUACUUGUGCAUAUGUAUGUAUGCACGAAUCGCGUCGUCGCCGUAGUCGUCUGUGCGGCCAGGAUAUUUAGAAAAGCACCAAGGAUAAUGAUUCAGUUUUGAUUUAAAUUCUGUUAGUUCGUCGCUCGACGUCUUGGCGUGUGGACGUUCCGAUGCGUUUUCGUUUCGUUUCGUUCAACUUUGCUCACUUAUCGUGGUUUCGCGAAAUAGUUCAUGUUAUCGCAGUGUUGUAAAGCAAGUUAACACCAACACACCUUGUCGUUGUCACCGUCGCUGACACAGUGGUGGCGGCAGCAGACGUAAUUGUCGUUUGUGUCUGGCCUAAAUAGGGGCAUGGUGUAGAUGUACGAAGAGUAUUUAAUUGUAGCCUACAAGUUUGUUUAAAGCAUACGAGUCAGCGCGCUUUCAAUAACAUUGUGUUUAACUUGCGACGGUUGCUUGAAUUCAAUACAUAUUCGCACGUAAAAUAUUGUGUCUGAUUGAUUUCUGCACGGACUUAAGUCGCAAGGACAUGACAUCUCUGGAUUUAUAAGCUAAUUUGAUUGUGAACAAUUGGAUAUUUUUUACCACCGUAGCGAUCAUGUGCAACAUAGACCUAUCUCGAGCAUUUCGUUUCUUUGUUUAGUUACGGAUUCGCAAGGAUUUUCGGCAAACAUGACAAUAUGACAGCAAAACGCGACAAGGAUUAUGCUAAAAGUAAAACAUCAACUGGAACGGGAUUUUCUGCGUCAGCAUCAACAGGAGCAGUAAAAUCUAUAGGUCUAGUCACAUCUUCACAAAAUGUAACCUCAUCUCAGGAUAUCACGAAACGAACAAACAAGCCACUUAUGGAAAAGCGACGACGUGCCCGUAUCAAUCAAAGUUUGGCCAUACUAAAGGCCCUCAUAUUGGAGUCGACGAAGAAUCAAUCGAAAACAACCGAUGGCCAAACUAAACACACAAAAUUGGAAAAAGCUGAUAUACUGGAAUUAACUGUACGUCACUUCCAGCGGCAUCGAAAUCUCGAUGAUACAACCAUUAAUAAAUAUAGAGCUGGGUACACGGACUGCGCUAGAGAGGUGGCUCGCUACCUGGCCACACCUGAACCUCCACCACUUGGAAAUAUUCCUUCUUUGUCUGAACCAGGGUCCAAAGCACGUCUUCUGAGACAUUUGGAUCAAUGUAUAGCUGAAAUAGACAUUGAGAUAUGCCCUCACUCGACUGCAACCUAUGCCGACAGUCCAUCCAGUAGUUGCUAUGACAUCAACUCAGCGACAAAAAAGGCUCAAGCGGAUGACAAUUCAUUAGAUUACAGCAGCCAAGACUCGAAUCCAUUAGAUUUCAGUAAAGCCGCCUCGAAUGUUUUAGCAUCAAAAGCAACUUUUGUUAGUCCUGCUGGCACACCAAUUGCACAUUCUACAAAUUCUCCCUGCUCUGAACGUCUAAGUUCACAAGAUGAGAACAACAAUCCCGAUGGACCUCAAUCUAGCGCAGGGUCGAGCAGAAGUGAAGGAAACAUGCGGCCAUUGAUUGCCGGUACCGACUUACCGAAUGUAAUAGAUAUUAAUGCUGUACAGAGCUUUGAAGAUCGCAGUAAACUCUGCUCAAAUGUAUUGGAUACAUACAAACAUCUAAAAGUAAAUGAUCCAACUGGGAUCCUUGUGCUUCCCCCACACUACGUUCAAUUGGCAGCUGCGUUGGGUUUAAAUACACAUCCCGUAAUGGAAUCCGUUACUACACGCACGGACUUUGAGCGCCUUAUAGAAAUGAAUCAUGUGCCCCCAUUGCCAGCUCAAAUUGCCAAUAAACUCAGUACGUAUGGAGCUCUACCUGGAGCUUUGGAGGCCGCACAUGUAGCUGCUGCUUACGCAGCGACAACUUUACAAGCGAAAGAAAAUGGUAUGACCACAGCAAGUACAGCAUCCUCAAUGGCUGGAACUAUGAAUGUGGAGCGUCCUGCCUCUGUGCUCUCUAAUGCAACUUCUGUUGCAUCCACUUCUGUGAGUUCUAUGACCUCUACCGAUUCACUGAAAACCAGUCAACAGCAACAUCAGUCAUCACGCUUGGAAGCUGGAUCAGCAUCGACAGUAGAAGCAGCACAAUUAAACAUGGUUAACAAUCCACUAUCGGUGAACCUCGCCGCAGUAGCAGCAGCGCAGCACCAGCUGCAUCUAUUACGACCCAAUGAGGCUCUAGCACGGCAAGAACAACAGCCGCAAGAUGAAAAUAUGUGGAGACCAUGGUGAGAGGCACACAUUUUAGUCCAUUGUGUUAUUAAAGAGCUUAAAGCAUGUAAAUACCAAAGAUUUUUUUCCGUAAUUAUGUGAAGAAAGUAGGCAGCAUGGGAAUAUAAAAACAUGGCAAUAUGAUAAACUUUUUUCAUGAGAUCUCGUUAGGUUAAUUUUAUUUACCUUAAGUCAUCAUAUUGUAUAUAUUAUUUUUUUUAUACGGCGCUGUCACUAUUUGUUGACUCAGGCUGAGAGUAAAACUCUCGCGCUAGUUGAUUCUUCAAUGUACAAGUUUCGCCAGACUCCUUCGUUCAGCAACUUCCUUUACCUCAUUUUUUUGACACUCUGGCUCUGGCUGUGAAGAAAAUGAUUGACAUCUUCUGCCAGCAGCAUUGUACGAGUACUUUUGUUCUAUGUGAUGCCUUAUCAUGCGUGAAGAUAACACACAGAAGUAAAUUGCCUUGUCUAAUAUAUCGAUUGGAGUGAAUCGUUGUGAAUUUACAAGAAAAUAUGCCCUUGCUUAACACAUGGAUUUAUGCCAUAUGAGUUUUGCACAAAUGCUAAUUUUUUGUUUAUCUAGUGUAUCUUCCAGGACUUAAGACAUUGGGCAAAUAUAGUGUGAGGCAAAAUUGCCAGAUCUGAAUGUACUUUGAUCAGGUCCAAUCAGUUAGUUGAAGACGGCUUCAGUCUUUCAUAUAGCACUACCAUGAUGAAAAGAAUCAGAAGGUGUAGCUAAAAUCAGAAUCAGCUAGUUGGCUGACGUCACCGGAGUCACGAUAGCGGCUUCUUUACGAAAAAGCUAAUAUUCCCCAUCGGUGCCAUCCCGCAUGUUGCGUCGUUGCCGUCUGAACAACGACUGAUUGGACAAGUGUGUGAAUACGUGUGAAAUGAGCCAAAGUUGCUCGCACAAUUUUGUUUUUCACCAUAGCAGAUUGGCCAAACCUGGUAAUCUAUCAUCGUUAAGAACUACCGAUAUGUCGAUAUCGAAUACUCAAAAGUUAAGAGAAAUCUAAAUAUUAUAAUUAAUGUAAUUGUUUAUCGUUAAAUCUGAAUACGUUCGAUGAACGAAUGCUGUCUGUUUUGUGUAAUCACUACAAAGGAUUACUUUUUAAAAUAUACGUUAGUGACAAGAA